AUGAGACCCUGCCGGAGGCUCUCUUCAGCGCUCAAUACAGCCUCAGCUUCCUUCCGAGCUCCGGAGUCUGUGAAUCGCCCCUCCAUAAACCUCGCCAUCUUGGAGGAUAACCUGAAGAAAUGUCGGAAUCAGACGCAGUUCUUCCAGAUCCAGGCGAAGAUGGUCGCGGCAGGCUAUCUCAACGACGCCUACGCCGCCAGCCGCCUUGUCGGCUUCGCGGCGAGUUCCUGUUUCGUCGAGCUCGACUACACCAGUCACUUGCUGGGGCUGAUAGGUAGUCCUAAUGAGUUCUCCUGGAACGCUGUGAUGCGGGCGUGCGUUCGCCGUGGUCGCCCGGGGAAGGCCGUGUCUCUGUACAUGGCCAUGAUGAAGAGGGCCGAUCCGCUUCCGGAUUGCUUCACUCACCCCAUCGUUCUUCAGGCGUGCGCUCUCCGGGGGGACGAAGACCAAGGGAAGGAGGUCCACGCUCAUGUGGAGAAGCUAGGGUUUUCUUCCGACGUCUACGCCGUGAACACGCUGAUCAACAUGUACUCUGUCUGUGGGAACAUGGUUUCCGCUCGCCAGCUGUUCGAUGGAAGCCCAGUUGUGGAUUCCGUCUCCUGGAACUCGAUCCUGGCAGGGUACAUCAGGGGCGGGGACUCCGAGGAGGCCUUAGCAAUCUUCAGCCGCAUGCCGGAGAGGAACACCAUCGCCUCGAACUCCAUGAUAGCUCUGCUCGCUCGGGAGCGCCGGCCAAGGGAUGCGCGCAACUUGUUUGAGAAAAUGCCUGUGAGAGAUGUCGUUUCCUGGUCCGCCAUCAUCUCAUGCUUCGAUCAGAACGAGAUGCAUGGGGAAGCUUUGGAGAUGUUCGCCUUGAUGAAUUCUGACGGAGUGCCAGUGGAUGAGGUCGUCCUCGUCAGCGUCCUCUCUGCAUCCGCUAGCUUGGUAGCGGCGAAGGAAGGCGAACUAGUUCAUGGGCUGGCCACCAAGACUGGUAUCGAUUCCUACCUCAAUCUCAACAAUGCCCUGAUCAACAUGUAUUCGAGCUGCUUCAACAUCCCUGCCGCCAGAAGAUUGUUCGACUCGGGCCUCCAUCUGGACCAGAUUUCUGCAAACUCCAUGCUCUCCGGCUACCUAAAGUGCAGGCUCAUUGACGAUGCGAGGGAGUUCUUCGAUUCCAUGCCGCAGAAAGAUGCUGUCUCGUGGAGCACCAUGGUCUCCGGUUACGCCCAGAACAAUCUCUUCUCUGAGACCUUGGCCCUCUUCCAGGUGAUGCAGCUCAGAGAAUUCAGUCCUGAUGAAGCCGCACUGGUGAGUGUUCUCUCUGCGUGCGCCCACUUGGUUGCGUUGAAGCAGGGGAAGUGGGUUCACACUUACAUCAGGCGGCACGGUCUCGUCAUCAACCCCAUCCUCGGCACAACCCUGAUCGACAUGUACAUGAAGUGUGGCUGCGUGGAGGAGGCGGUGGAGGUCUUCAAUGGCAUAAAGGAGAAGGGGAUUUCUUCCUGGAAUGCUGUGAUCAUUGGUCUGGCCACGAACGGCAUGGCGACCGAGGCCCUGGAGAAGUUCUCGGAGAUGAAGAAGCUCGGCCUGGCGCCCAAUGAGGUGACCUUCGUUGGGGUUCUUGCAGCCUGCCGGUACUUGGGCUCUGUUGCAGAGGGGCGGAGAUUCUUCGACUCCAUGCUGGAGGAGCACAAGAUCGAGCCCAAUCUUCGGCAUUAUGGCUGCCUAGUAGACCUUCUCGGCCGCGCGGGCCUGCUCAGAGAGGCAGAAGAAUUGAUUGAGAGGAUGCCCAUGGCACCGGAUGUUGCCACCUGGGGGGCCCUGUUGGGCGCCUGCAAGAAGCAUGGCAACCUAGAGAUGGGGGAGAGGGUCAGUAGGAGGCUCAUCGAGCUUGAGCCCUGCCAUGAUGGAGCCCAUGUGCUGCUCUCCAAUCUAUAUGCUUCGAGCGGGAGGUGGGAGGAGGCUGUGGAGGUCAGGGCGAGGAUGAGGGAGAAGAAGGUGACAAAGAUUCCUGGCUGUAGCUUGGUGGAGGCUGGUGGCACCGUCCAUGAGUUCUUUGCUGGCGAUGGUUCCCACCCACAGAUGAGAGACAUUGAGAGGGUGCUCAACGAGGUGGCGCGGAGGAUGAGGCUGGAGGGGCUCCAACCAGACACCAGCGGAGUCCACCUUGACAUUGAUUCCGAGGAGAAGGAGACAUCCCUCCACAGACACAGUGAGAAGCUCGCCAUGGCCUUUGGGCUCAUCAGCAUCCCCACUCCAACGCCCAUUCGGGUGGUGAAGAACCUGCGGAUCUGUGGGGACUGCCAUUUGGCGGCUAAGGCCAUUUCUAGGAUUUUCCAGCGUGAGAUUGUCGUGAGGGAUCGGCAUCUCCACCACCAUUUCAAGGGUGGAGAGUGCUCAUGCGGGGAUUACUGGUAG